CGUUACAAGCUUGGAUACAAAUUGAUCCUUUCAGCGACCUUGAUUAGUGUCGCGACCCUUCCCUAAUUUCGCCGCGUCGCGCUUUUCCCCAAGGGAUCAAAUACAGCCUUCUAGGUGGUGUCGCAUAGACACUCGAAGCUUGAAGCAUGGCUACAACAACCUCCCAGAGGCCUACUAAUGGAGACUCAGUGCCUCCCCAACCCAUAUCUUCCAAUGGUGUGCUACGCGCACCAUCACACGGACGGCAGCAGCCUUACAGCAUGAAACCUACCGCAAUGAAUUACGAAAACGACAGUGAUCAGACUUACGGAACCCUCGAUAUCCCACGCACUCGAUCAGUUUCCUACCGGAAUAACCCGACUGUAGUUCGUGGUCAUCAAGCUUCUCGCUCGUUCUCUGCAAGGACCAAGGACUUGUCCCACGAAGGGCAUCCGAGCUGGAUGGAUAAACCACUCCCACCAGAGCCAUACGCCUCAGUUGAUGAAUUCGCUACCUCACGAGGCAGUAGGGGCGGUUCCAGGCAUUCAAUCUCGAGUUCAGUAAAGCGAGAUGAUUCUCAUGUACCGCCAUCGCCUUCACAUAGUCAGCCAUCGCCAUUGAGUCGCUCUAACACCGUACGCUCUACAGCCGAGCAACGGCAUGAUUGGGCGGCAGAUCGGUCGCCUCUUCAAAAGCUGGAGGUGGCCCUGGGCGGGAUUAGCAAAGAGGAGAAACGAGCACGGGCUUUAGAAGCUGAGAUGAAAUUGAAAGAACGGAUGGCGCGUCAACAAAGUGAAAGCGACGGUCGCGCGCCUGCUCCUGUACAGUCUCAUCAAGGAACUGUGCCACGAGACACUUCGAGCCCAUUAACCGAGGUCUCUGAACGGACAGAGCAUGAGCAGCCAGCUAUAUCACACCAACGUCCGACUCAAGUUCCUUCGGACAGGGCGAUUCUCACUCGCGCUCGAGCUCCCUCGGCACAACAUCCUAAACCAUUGCCUGCCAAAGUGCCGCAACAGGCAAGGGGUCAUCCCCCGACUAUGGGCGCUGUCAGGACAGGUAGUGCUCCCAGGCGAUCCGUGUCUGUGAGCCAUCAAGCAGGAAGUGAUCGUAUGGGCUCGCAGCCAAUGAACCCGGCCAUGCCGCGAGAUCAUAGUGCCCCUUUCACUACCGCUACUUCCCAGACCCGCCAGCCUCCCGGCCGUCCUCGAAUGACUGGGCAAGGCCAACAUAAUACCGAACCAGCGAGACAAGCGCCGUAUCUGAGUCCUGCGGCAUCACAACCCAGACCAGGGCCACAAGCUGUUAGAAGGGAAGAACUACCCGCGGCGGCCAUUGCCCCCCAGCAAGCGGACCUGAGUGCUCACUCUGCUAAAACUGGGUUUACCCCUAGCGCUGCACCUGCAAACUCCGACUCAAGUCGCGAGCUAGGUGGAAAUGCUACAGUGACUUCUCAAAGCCUCGAGAGUGAGCCCACGUCGCACCCUAAGCCCAAACGACAGACUGUCUCGUUCAACGUCCCGCCACCAACGCCUCCACCUUUGUCUGAGUGGAGAACAGCACCGGUGGCAAGGCUGGGUGCUUCCGACUUUGACUAUCAGAAUUUCGACAUGGAUAGAAGUAAGGCAUGGUGGGAAGGCGGUGGAACUAACCGUAGAAAGAGUCGGGCUUUGCCAAUUAACUACCAGAAGACCGCAAACCCAAAGCCAAUGUUGAAUAAGCGCUUUCAGCCACAGCUAUUUCUGAAAUGCGGCCCUUUGCUUCGUUACGGAGGGCUGAAGCGGGUACGAAUCGAUGGGCCGAAUGGACCGUUCGACAAGGAAACGUGGAGAGGGAGUGUGUUGAUUGUGACAAGGGAUUCGCUUUCCUCGUAUGAUCCACCGCCUACCCUAAGGUUAUUUCCUCAACCAAUGGAUCUCCUUCCUCCUCCUCCAACCGAAGUGAAUGGAGAGGAUGCUAAGUUGGCUCCUGAAUAUAUUGACCCGACAGCUGGACUCAUGAAAUUUGGACGAGAUGGCCGACCCCUCUAUGUUAAACCGGUGGAUCAUACAGAAGAGGAGGUGGAUCUCUCAUUCAUUGAGAACGAUGACGGCAUUUAUGAGCAGUCCCCCAGCAUCAUUGACUACAGCAACGAGGGUGUUAAACAACCGAUCCCAGCUAACAGAGUACAUUCGAUGGACGGAGAAACCGCUGGGUUCUACAAAGAAAUUGCAGGUGCCCGCCUCUAUGCCGACCCAGGAAGAGAUGUUACUUUCUGGAGAUUCAAUUUGGAGAUCGAAUUAGGACAAACGCAGCAGCGAAUCGCGUAUCGCCUCAAUCAGGGACCAGCUUUGGGAUUCUGGGUGCCAGCAAGAGGACAAUCGAUGAAUAUAAUGUAUCACACGUGCAAUGGCUUUAGUCCAGGUGUCGACUCUAACAAACUGUGUGGGCCAGACCCUUUAUGGCGAGACGUGCUCAAUGAGCACCAGACUCGCCCAUUCCAUCUCAUGAUUGGUGGAGGGGACCAGAUAUUCAAUGACAAGAUCACAGCGGAGUCACCCUAUUUCCAAGAAUGGGUCAAGAUAAAGGAUGUCCAUGAGAAGUAUGACGCGCCACUCCACAUGGAAUUCAAAGCAGAAUUAGAAAACGCCUUCCUUGAACACUAUUCACGAUGGUUUUCACAAGGGCUUUACUCCUUAGCGAACUCACAGAUACCCAUGGUCAACAUCUGGAAUGAUCAUGAGAUCCUCGAAGGCUUCGGUUCUUACCCGCAUGAGUUCAUGAGCACGCCUGUAAUCUCAGGGCUGGGAAACAUCGCAUUCAAAUACUAUCUGUUAUUCCAGCACCACAGCGUCCCGGAAGAGACUGACGCAGAUGAACCUAGCUGGAUGCUUGGCGCUUACCCAGGACCGUAUAUCAACCAACGAAGCCGACAUUUGUUCAUGUCUCUGGGCGGUGGCGUGGCUUUACUUGGACUGGACUGCCGGACUGAACGGAUGAAUGAUGAGAUCCUUAGCGAACAGACAUGUGAUAUAAUCUGGGACCGAUGUCAUAGUGAAAUUGUUCGGGGAGAGACAAAGCACUUGUUAGUGUUGCUGAGCAUUCCAAUUGCGUAUCCUAGGGUGGCGAUGGUGAAGAAUAUCUUAAACAGCCGGAAGUCGCUCGGGAAGGCGGGCCUAUUUGGUGGUUUUGUGAAUAAGAGCGGCAGCAAGGUCGAGAUCUUCGAUGACCACUGGACAGCUAAACACCAUAAGUCCGAGCGCAAGUACUUGAUCGAAGAUCUCCAGGACUUAGCAGCAGACAAAUCCGUCCGUAUAACCAUUUUGAGUGGCGAUGUGCAUUUGGCCGCAAUUGGCGAAUUCUACUCAAAUCCGAGAUUAAACCUGCCCAAAGACAAAGACUAUCGUUACAUGCCGAACGUUAUCUCCUCAGCGAUCGCAGACAUGCCAGAGACGGUGAUGGUCUCGGACACGCUCAACAAACGCAAUCAUAUCCAUCAUCUGGACACCAAUACCGACGAAGAUAUGAUCCCUAUAUUCAUGAACGAUGUGAAUAAUAAGCCACGGAAUAACAAGCGGUUGCUACCACGCCGAGCUUGGUGCUCCAUCCGUGCAUAUCAACCGGGUUUUACCCCACAAGGAACACCGGGGCCUGAAUCGCCGCCGCUGCCAGUGGAGGAACCCCGACCAGGCAAGUUGCAAAGGACAUUGUCCUUAACGCGCGGGGACAGACCCCAGAGUAGCGGUGGUCUUCUGCGUCGACUUUCGUUGCGUGGACGACCACCGACCAAGGACUUUAAUCUUGGAGGAAACCCGGCUGGGCGGCGCAUGAGUAUGGAUGGUCCAUUUCCGCCCGCGGAGACAGGCGAUAGCUACUUUCCACCACCACCUUCGGAAUUCCGCCCGGGACCUUUCCUUCGGCGACCUACGAAUCUGAGCCGGAAGGCAUCUAAAAAGGCCGCAAAGCAGGCAGACGAUGGUGUUGGCGCCUAUGUCAAUUUAGAAGGGGGGUUGGCCGUUACCUUGAAUUUGGAGUUGAACCCGAAAGAUCCAUCGGGUAUUACGAUCCCAUACAAGUUACUCGUACCGAUGUUGCGGUAUGAAGGGAAUGAGUACGACCCUCCCCCGGAACCAGUGACCAAAGGCUGGAAGCGGUGGCUGAGUGUACGGAAGAAGAAGCGGGAAAAGCAGCAUGUGGAGGACACCGACGUAGAAGAUGGAUUUAGCGAUGAGGGGGAGGUGGAUGAGUAUGAUCGCUACGAGAACGAUGCGCCUCCCGAGACACUAGUCCCGGUAGCUAGUCCAGGUGGACCAGAGCAUGGUGGUGUUGCCGAAACGUCGAGGCGAAAGAAGUGGUUUGGCCGAGGAGCUACUUGAUCGGAUCUAAUGGGAUCUUGAUCUGAUAUGAUUGUGAUGAUUGAUGAUGGUGAUGGUGAUGAUGAUGAUGAUGAUGAUGACUGACCAUGACGAUUAUGAAUGUAAGAUCUACGUACUUGAUAGUAUUAUUAUAUUAUUUCUAAGCGU